CAACCAACCGGAGAGAAGGAAAAUAAAAAGAACGUUCACACCUCUGUUCCUCAGCUGCGUCUAACGUUCAUUGCCAUCACGAAUUUUGUACUAAACCCAUCUCUAUCCAGAAAGAUGCUAUCCUUGCGGCUCCAGUGCGCCUUGGCGCUCCUGUCCAUCGUGCUGGCGAUCAGCUGCAUCUCAGCGGCGCCAACAGACGUCAAACUCAGACAGCUGCUUCAGAGAUCCCUCUUCGCGCCGGGAGGAAAACAGGAACUCGCCCGCCUCACGCUCGCAGAACUGUUGUCCGAGCUCGCGCAAGCAGAGAACGAGGCUCUGGAGUCAGAAGAUAUGUCUCGCGGAGCUGAGGGUGAAGACGUGCGCUACGAGCUGGAGAGGUCCGCCGGCUCCAUGCUGGCACCCCGCGAGCGCAAAGCUGGAUGCAAGAACUUCUUCUGGAAAACCUUCACGUCGUGUUAAUUUCUCCAGGUCACCGGCCAAACACUGCGGGCUCCCGUCCAUAUUCAUCACGGCAUAACUUCCUUUUGUUUUGUUUAUCCCCAAAAGAUCAUCGGCCACCAAACCCAUAUUAAUCAUCCCUCCAAAAAGGUGUAAAUAAAACUAUCGAAAAUAUGAUACUGUGGAUUUAUCAAUGAGAAUAAUGACGCUCACGAUUCUGAUAUUGUUUCACAAUUUAAGGUUUUAUUUUCUGAGAGCGAUCUUGAAAAUAUUGUUUUAACGAAUGUAUGCAGUUCUGUUCUCGGUUGUCCUGUUCGUAAUCUGGCAGAUAAACUAUUUUGAAUUGUUCGUUUGAAUAAAAUCUAUGUUUCGA